AUGAUAAAAAAUAUAAACUUACAUAAAAGUCAAGAAAUUUAUGACGAAAACAACAAGAAAUAUGAAAAAGAUGAUCCUAAUUUUUUGUUAAGUACAAAAAAGUUUAGAAAAAAUAAUAAAAGGGGAUUAGAAAAAAAAAAGCAUAGUAUAAACAAUGUGAUAAUGAAUAAUUGUUUUAAGAAAUACAAAAAAAAAGUACUUUAUGCUACAGAAAAAAAAAAAAAAAAAUAUGAUUCAAAUAAUAAAUUCCAAGACAGUGAAAACCUCAUAAAUGAUAAAAUAAGCAGCUUGGUUAAUGAAAAUGAAAUUAAAAAAAUUACUAGUAAUAAUAAAUAUAAAAAUAACAAUAACAAUUUAAGUGACAUGAAAAAAAUUAAAAACGGACAAUAUUCUAAAAAAAAAAAAAUAAAUAAGAUUGAAGAUAAUAUAUUAAUUAAAAAGAACAAAGCAAAUAAAAAUAUUGAAAAAAAUAUUUUAAAAAAAAUAAAAAAUAAAAAGAACUGUAAUAAUAAUAAAUCUUCAAAAAUAGAAAACCAAGUUCUUGGUAUUAGUCAAAAUAUAUAUAACAUAUUAAAUAUAUUAAAUUUACCUAAAUCAGAUAUUUUAAAAAGAACAAAUCAAAGGUUUGCUGAAUCCUUUUUAUAUUUAACAAAUGGUUAUAAUGUCGACAUAGAAAAAUUAUUUAAAGGAUCUAUGUACAAAAGAAAAUACAGAAACAAUUCAACAAUAAAAAUCACAGGUAUUCAAAUAUAUUCUCUGUGUAAGCACCAUUUAUUGCCCUUUCAAGGAGUAUGCACUAUUGAAUACAUUCCUAAUAGGUACAUUUUGGGUUUAUCUAAAUUUUCAAGAAUUGUAGAUGCGUUUUCUAGAAGAUUGCAAUUACAAGAAGAUUUGACUAACGAUAUUUGUAACAUUUUAAAAAAAUAUUUAAAACCUUUACAUGUUCAAGUUACUAUAGUUGCUGAACACUUAUGUAUUAGUAUGCGCGGAGUAAAAGAACAUAAUUCUACUACUAUUACACACGCACGUAAUGAAUUAAAAAAUAAUAAAUAUAUAAAUAAUUCCUAUAUAGAUAAUUGUUUUCAAAAAGAAAAUGAUAUUAGUAUGCAUGACGAUAUCAAUUAA